AUGUCUACCAAAUCACCCGAACUCUUCCUUUCACCUGACCAGCGAGCCUUGCUGUUGGCCGCUCUAAACUCGAAUGCCCCUCUUAAUUCGCAACCUCGAUCGAGUUCCGAUAGCCUCAAGGACUCCCAGAAUACCGAUACCCUCACAAGCCCUCAAAAUGGAGAAGCUUCUUUCGACACAAGCUUGUUCACAGACGCAGAUGCAUUGGCAGAUGCAGAUUAUAGCUUCGACCUUGCUGAUUAUCAACUUGGAGAUUUUGGACUGGAGUCUGGAACGGGCGAUAGUCCUGUAAAUGGGAAUGGGAAUGAACAUGAGAAACGGAAGUUGAGCUUUGAUGAUCAAGAUGAAGAUGAGAUUGAUCCGCAUGAAGCGGAGCCAAAGAGAAGAGAAGGGGACGAUAAAACAGCGAAGAAGCCGGGCCGCAAACCAAUUACAAACGAACCCACAUCUAAGCGAAAGGCCCAAAACCGAGCCGCGCAACGCGCAUUCCGCGAGCGCAAGGAAAAGCAUUUGAAGGAUCUUGAGCUAAAAGUCCAAGAUUUGGAAAAGGUCUCGGAAAGCACAAAUCAAGAAAACAAGGCCCUAAAGGAGCAAGUCGAAAAACUUCAGACGGAACUCAAAGAGUACCGCAAGAGAUUUAGCAUGGGAGGUGGCCAUAGCAGGUCCCCGUCCAAUUCGAUAUCGCAGGGCCUCACCUCUCUCGACAGUGCUAUUCGGUCAUCGGGUGGCUUCAACUUCGAUUUUCCACUAUUUGGUAACUUUGCUGCACCUGGUCAGAAUGUGAUCGGUGGGAAGAAUACUCUGGACGGUUCCCCGAACCGGGGAAGUAAUGUCUCGCCCACAAAUUACAGAGUUGGCCCAAACGGAGUCCUCGAGAUUGAUCGUGGCACUCGGAACAGUCUAGGAAGUUCUGUCAGCCCGCAGAGCUCUAACAAUAAUAGCCCAGCACUCAGGUCGAACCCUAAUAGUUUUUCUAAUGGCAUCCACCAGAGCCCACUCCAAGUGCAUCGAGUCUCAAUCGACGAGCCAAGAUUCAACCCAUCGAAUGAUAUCUUGAGUGGACUUUUCAGCCCUACCCUUAUCCAGGCUGUAAACAAUGACACAACUGCCGACUAUCUGACCAAAGGGACCAGUUUCUCUAGCUCGCAAAGUACACCACAUAUGAGCAGCCUUUUUAGCUUCUCCGACUCCCCAUCUGCCUCAUCUGUUUCCCAGCACUCUGCAAAAAACGGGCAGAACAACUCCUCAUCCUGCGGGACUACUCCAGAAGCAAUGGACGUCGCAUCUCCACCUUCUCAAAACAAAACGGACACCGCUCCGCGGCUAAAUUCGAUAUCCGAGGAAGGUGAGCAAAGAGUCCUGCCGAAUCGUCAGCACCGCGGAUCCUCCGUAGGCGAUGCCGUCUCCUUCUGCGACAUGCUUGGGAAAGCCUGUGUAAAACCUAAUAAUGCUCUCACCGCGGCAGGACUCGUACACGCAUCUCCAUUACUAGACGAAACUCAAAAGAAUCUUCUUGCCGAUAAUUCUUUUUCCUGGUUGGCUGCUCAAAACGGGAAUACGUUUGACACAUCGAUGUUCAACGAUUAUCGAGAUCCCACAGCGGUUUCGGCCGGGGAGACUGCUUUCAACGCUGCUGGAAUGAGUUACUUUGACGAUGCUUUCCCUUCGGCCUUCGAUCUGACGCUUCCACCAACUCCACCUGUAACUUCUGGGGAAAAAAUCAAGCCGAGUGCACCGGGCCUUAACGAAGACGAUGAUGACGAGGAGGAAGUCGUUCCAGCAGAUGAACCUAAUUCUUUUCUGAAGUGUAAUCAGAUAUGGGACAAGGUUCAAUCGCAUCCAAAGUUCGCUAGCGGUGAGAUUGAUAUGGACAAUCUCUGUAGCGAACUUCGAGCCAAGGCCAAGUGCUCCGAGAAAGGAGUCGUGGUCGACAAGAAGGACGUCGAUAAGAUCUUGAACAAGCCGAUUCCGUCGAUGUGGGGACUGUGA